AUGGAUAGCUGCAUGAGCACCUAUACUAAAUCAAGGAAAGGACAAGAAGAUAUCGAUCUGAGGCACACGGGUUCUAUCGACGUGACACGCUCCCUUGCAUUGUGGGAGUUCCCUCACACCAGGCCUCAUGCAGGGUGGUGGGAGCAUGAUGUUGAUCCCAUCAAGGGGUGUUAUCAGCAGCAUACAACUGACAACCCUGACUUGCUUUCUCUUCACCUCCGUGACUCGACCAUUGCCUACAAGAGGGACAUGGAUGACUAG